AUGAAUUCAGCGUUACAGUGUUUAUCAAAUGUUCCAGUACUAACAGAAUAUUUUCUUAGUGAUGCAUAUAAAGAACAUAUAAAUCUUGAUAAUUCAUUAGGUAUGAAAGGUGAUGUUGCUAUAGCAUAUGGUAAAUUAUUACAUGAAAUGUGGUCAGGUAAUACAGAUUUUUAUGCACCAAAAUUUUUGAAACAAAGUGUUGCAAAUUAUGCACCACAAUUUAGUGGUUUUGCACAACAAGAUUCACAAGAAUUUAUGUCAUUUUUACUUGAUGGUUUACAUGAAGAUUUAAAUCUAGUCAAAGUAAAACCAUAUGUAGAAAAAAAAGAUGAUGAUGGAACAACUGAUGAUACAACAUUAGCUAAUGAACAAUGGGAAUAUUAUCGAAAACGAAAUCAAUCAAAAAUUCAAGAUAUAUUUCAUGGACAAAUAAAAUCUCUUGUAGAAUGUCUUACAUGUGGAACAAGAGCACGGACAUUUGAUCCAGUCUGUUUUCUAAUUUUACCAAUACCAGUUAAAGCAGAAAUACGAACAUUUAAAAUUGACUAUGUUCGUUUAAAUGGACAAAUUAAAACUUAUCAUAUUAAAUGUGAUGAGCAGGGUCGUGUAUGUAAUUUAGUUCAACAGUUUUGUGAUCGUUUUGAACUGAAAAAGAAAAAGAAUCAUGAAAGUGAAUCUACGAUGACUGAUGCUACAUCGAAACCAGGUGAAACGAAUCAAGAUGAAGAUAACGUUGAAGAUGAGGAUGAACAAGAAGAAGAAGAAGAAGAAGAUUUCACAAAAGCAGACGAUUAUGAUGGACAUAAACCUAAACCAGAUUAUAUUUUAGCUGUUGAAGUUUACAAUCAUAGAAUUCAUUUACAAUAUCGAGAUAAUGCUCCGUUAACAAAUAUACUUAAAUAUGAUCAAGUUGUUUUUUAUGAAGUACCUGAUUCAUUAAAAGAAGAAGAUAGUGAGAAAAUUUCAAUUCCAUGUAUAUUUCGUGAUGAUUGUUAUCAUUACAAUUUCGGUUUACCUAUUUAUAUUAGUGUACCAAGAAAUAAUUGUAAAGGAAGAGAUAUUCAAGAAGCAUUUGAGAAGACAAUCGGUAAUUUUUUUCCAUUACCACCAAUGAAUUCAUCAGAUAAACCAUUUUAUACCGCUUUAUUAGCAUUCAAUCAAGUUUAUAAUACAACAACCCAACCAUUAGAAUCACUUCUUGAUGAUCAUAUUGAUUUUAUUCAUACAAAUAGAACAGUUAUUAUUGAUGUGGCAUCAUCAAUUGUUGAAGAAUAUAAAAAACGUUCACAAAAAGAUCCUGUUUCACCAAUUACUUCUGAUGGUUCAGGACGUAGGCAACAAAAACGGCCAACAACAUUAUCAGAUUGUUUUAAAUAUUUUACCAAAAAAGAAGUAUUAUCCGAUGACGAUCUAUGGAAAUGUCCAAAAUGUAAUGAAUUGAAAAAAGCUACAAAAAAAUUUGAUAUAUGGAUUUUACCGAAAGUUUUAAUUGUACAAUUAAAGCGUUUUAAUUAUACGCGUUAUUUUCGUGAUAAAAUUGAUUUAUUUGUUGAUUGUCCACUACAAGAUUUAGAUUUAUCACAAUUCGUUCUGAAUCCAGCUGAAAAAUUAAAAGCAAAAUAUGACUUAAUUGCUGUUAGUAAUCAUAUGGGAUAUUUAGGUGGUGGACAUUAUACGGCGUAUGCAAAAAAUUGUAAUGAUAAAAAAUGGCACGCAUUCAAUGAUUCAUAUGUAUCAGAAAUCUAUCAAGAUAGGAUCAUUAGUGAAGAUGCAUAUGUUCUUAUUUAUCAACAACAAGGACAAUCGUUAUCAGAAAAUGAAUGUACGAAGCAAUGA